AUGACCACGACGAGGUCCUUGCCCCCUUUUGACGAACUCCCUCACUUCCAUGAGUUCAGUGGUUGUGCUUGGGAUGUUUGGCCGGCAGAUGAUCAGCUUGGCACUCUGAAUCUACUCACUGAUGACGUCGUGAGACGAGCGGCGCAAGAAGAGAUCAAGACUGGCGUAACGGUCUCGUUGAACUGGCCUAUCAACUUCCCUGAGAAACCAUUCUUCAAGCGCAAGAAACCGGAGAUUAAGAACAUUGCAUUGGUCAAUGGCGACCCAAGCAAGGCUAUGCGAGACGACGAAAUCCAUAUCAACACCCAAUCCGGAAGCCAAUGGGAUGGGUUGAAACAUUUCGGGGUGCUGAAAUACGCCGUGUACUAUAAGAACACGCCAGCCUCCGACUUUCCGGUGGGGGAGGUCACGGUCAAUGACCCUUCCAAAGUUACCGCACAGUUUCUGAGGUUCGGCAUUCAGAAUUGGGCUAAUCAUGGCAUCUGUGGACGCGGUGUUUUGCUCGACAUGGUCAACUACUACGAGGCAACAGGUCGCGACUUCGAUCCCUGGGUGACGCAAUCGGUCACCUUGGACGAUAUUGAAGGCUGCGCCAAGGCUCAAGGUGUAUCUUUCAGGCCUGGUGAUAUACUCCUCCUUCGUGUUGGUUUCAUCAAGAAGUACUAUGCCAGUACUCAAGAGGAGAAAGACUCCCUCAGCGGCAGGCCCACUGAGAAUUUCGCAGGGAUUGAACAGUCAGAAGAUAUGAAACGCUUCCUCUGGAACAAUCACUUCUCUGCUGUUGCAUCGGAUCAGCCCUCACUCGAACGUUGGCCUCCGCCACAGGGUAGUGCAUAUCUCCACGAGACGCUCCUGGGUCUGUGGGGAAUGCCAAUUGGAGAGUUCUUCGAUCUGGAGAAGUUGUCCACCAUUUGCGCAGAAACUGGCAGAUACACGUUCUUCUUCUCUUCCUGGCCGCUCAACGUCCUCGGGGGAAUCGCAAGCCCGCCAAAUGCCGCGGCCUACUUUUGAG